GUUUGGGCUUAGAUUCAGCUUGAUCCUAUAAGGAUCAUCUUCUGGCAUCACUGAUAACAGAUAUGUUCUGUGGUUCGGAUUUUGGAUUAGACCGCCUGCGAUCACACACAUAUAUAUGACUGUGAGGAGUCCCACUGUGAUUGUGAGAAGUGAUCGUCACAUACUUAUUCCCCCUUUACAUAUAUACAAGGGCAGAGCAGGUGGACGUGGCGGGAGUGGGCGAGCAAGUGUCGGAGGAACGAGGCGUGGUGGCAGGCAUGCUGCAUCUGGGACUCGUCGACAGCGGGCGGAUGGUUUCAUCCGCAAGGCCCGCCAGCGUUGGGACGAGGGAGACUUCUUGUUUGACAGCUCAUCCAGCGACGACGACAGUUUCUUUACAUUGGGGACGCCCGCGCCUAGGGACUAUGAGAGAGGCGACGACGACGACAAAGGUGAUGGCGGAGCUGGUGGUGACGAGAGAGGUGAUGGCGGAGGUGGCGGUGACGAGCGUGGGCGUGGCGGAGAUGAGCGAGACGACAGAGGUCGCGGAGGAGGUGGCGACGACGAGGGAGGUGACGACAGAGGUGCCGGAGGAGGUGGCGGCGACGAGGGAGGUGACGACAGAGGUCGCGGAGGAGGUGAUGACAGAGGUGCCGGAGGAGGGGGCGGCGACGAGGGAGGUGACGACAGAGUCGAGGAGUGUGAGGGUGACUUUCCUGUGCGUGGUCGUGGGCUCUUCUUGAAGCGGUUGAGACGCGGGGCCAGGCAGGAUAGCAGCAUCGCCUCUCGUGUGCGCAGGCGUCGUCUUGAGACUCUUCACGAUGCGACCGCCACGGACGCAUGUGUUGCGCAGCACGAGCAAGUUCUCGUAUCUGAGGACUCAAUGAGCGACAAAUCGGACAAGGACUUCAUUCCUCAGACUUCCGACGUGAGGCGCGCGGAGCAUCAACCCGGUUUCAUCGAGGGCCCGACCACGUCUGCAACGGUGAUUUCAGCACAGGAGGAGAGUGGAGCAGUGUUGACUUGUCCUGAGCUUGAGGCGCCCAUUGCUGAUACCGCGGUCGCACAGGAGUCUCAUCGCCAUCUGACACAACCCACGGUCGCGGUUGAUGUGGAAGCUCGAGGAGGGACAGCCAGUGAUGGGCAGACAAUUCCCGACGGUGAAGGGAAUUUGCUCGCCAUGGAGUCGGCGUUGUAUGAUCUGCCUGACGUCUCGACUUUGAUUUCUCCCACUUUGGCAUUUGUGGCACCACCACCUCCGGCAGUCUCCGCCACUCCCACCGUUUUUCAUGUUGGGGCACCGCACGCAGUGGACCAGGGUUUGGCGGAGCAGGUGGCACAGAACCGCCGUGGAGGCCCUCGCGUCGUGGCGCAACGCAGUUUGGGAGAUUCAUUUGAGAGAGUGGAUGCAGAGUAUGCGGCGCAGGAGGGCCAUUGUGCACAGGAUUCUGCACGCGAUGGGUCAUCAUUCCCGACACUCUCUCAGGCAGACCCGCACCCAGGUCUGCCACGUUUGGCGCAGGAGACGGCUCCCGACGUUGUUGGCGCGGACGUGGACGAGGACAUGCGCACGGAUGGUACCAUGCGCGUCGCAGCGCAACGCAGUCUGGCACGGACAUUGACCACAUAUGGUAGCGUGCCUACUCGCAGCACUGGCAGGGACUACGAGCAUAGAGGGUCAUCGACCGUACAACCUGUCGCUGAGGGGGCCAUCGCACAUGUUGUCGAAGGUGAGCAUAGGGGUCACGCUCCUCCGCACCCCCAUGGCGCAGACCCUGUCGUCCACGGUGUGGCGGCGAGCACCGCAUUGCCAACGGUGUCGUUCUACGACGGCAUGACCAGGACCGGAAGGGCGGGCGAUGAGGGACAUGCAUCAGCAUGCGGACUGACAGAUGUGCGUGUGGGGAUGCAAUCCAUAGGCCGCGUCGAUGGUGGUUGUCACGACUCCAUGAGAGCAUACGAGGAGCGACAUGGGAGACCUUGCGGGCCAAGACAAUGGAUGUCCACGACACAAGGACGGCGACCGCGAGGUUAUCCCGGGCAAGGAAGAAGGGGACAGGUAAGUGUGGGGAGGCGUGAUCGUCUUCCUCGACUUGAAGAGCAGACUUUGUGUGAGGAGGUGAGGGAGGAGGCAGGUAAGCUGGUGGAAGCGAUUGAGAAGAGGAAAGGGAAAGGCAGAGCGAAGGAAAGAUGGUCGAGGAUAGAAAAGACAGGAGAUCGGGAUGAACCAAUCAAGGUGGCGAACGAAGAGGAUAGGACACCUCUGCCGAAUCGCAGGGACGUCGAACGGGAUCCGAGCAUCUUGGAUUUUGCGAUUGAACUCCAUCGGCAUUUGUUAGAGAAGAAAGUUCCGGAACUUCGAAAAUUAUGUAAUCGCGAAGGAAUCGAGUGGUCCAAAAGGGAUACCGCGAUUGGAGAACUUGUAAAAUUGCUGAAGGAAAUGGGGAAUCUGGGAGGAAGGAGGAGGGUUAUUACAUCAUCAGGAGGGAAGAUCUGGGCGGAUAAGUGGAAAACUGUACGGAGGAAGGUUGGGGAGACGAUGAUCCUUGUGGACCAUGUUGCGAGACCUUUAAGAUUAUGUAGGAAGCUUCACGAGGAGGAAGGAACUUACCAGAUUGUGAGGAUUCAUGUGCUUCCGUCAAGUAUCGAGCAUAGGAAGUUCAUUCUGAGAGAUAUUCUCCGGCAACCAUGGAGGAUACGCGAUCUGUAUAAGAAGUCUGCGAGGGAGAUGAUUGCAUUGUAUCACACCGCGUCGCUAUUCCAUGACAAGAAGAGCAGGAACCGUAUCAAGACCGUGCUUACGGCAGGCCUGAUCACUCAAUCUGUUCCAGAUCUAACCUUUGGUCAUUUUGUGGCAAAAAGGGUGAGGGUGGUAUUUAGGAAGAGGAAGACGGUGGGGAUGAUCAUCCAUAACCACUGGGCAUUCGCGGAGAAGGAGGUGGCGGUAUGUACGUGCCAGUUUUUUCAAUUAUCGAGGAGCGAUGGCCAUGUAAAGGUACGUUUGCCUGAGGUAGAGGGAGUGCCUGCCUUUAUGAGGAACUCGAACAACGUGACCAGCGGAAUCACGAUCUCACCACACGCUCUUGAGACAUGCAUAAGAAAGGAAAUUGAGAGUUGCGCAGGGGGAAUGAGGAUUCAGAUUGAUCAAGGGGGAAUCGAGAGAUGCUUUCGCAGGUGGGAGUCGGGAGGAUCUGUAGCAAUGACUACCAACGCGGUACGCACAGUUUUUGGAGGGUUGAGGAGUUUGGUGGCAGUCCCGAUUGAUCGGAACCCAGGAGCGACGCCGAUCCUGUGCCCAGUCCUGUACCUCAGGGCGUGUAAGGAGACGUUCAAUCACAAUCCUGGUUUCCAAGUGGUGGCGAGGGAGGAAGACCAGGUUCUGCGCACUAUGAGGGAGGACUACAUUAGGAAUGGGCUUACCAAGGUGGCGAGAUGGCAAGCAGGAGGGAGGAUAGGCCAGACCUACGUCCUACCCAAGGAUAAGGAUCUUGGGAGAUGGAGGCCAAUAUCCCCAUGUACGCUUGAUCCGGCAAGGGUAGCAGCAGCUAGAGGGGGUAGAGCGAUCAGGUACAUGUUGUUUUGCCUACCGAAGAAUGAUCACUUUGAUCUAAGAGCGACAGAUGAUUUGGGUAAGAGAUGUGAGGAGGUACGAAGUGCUCUAACUCGACGCUACGAUGGGGCGAUUGUCCGAAGUUAUGAUAUCAAGGAGAUGUUUUUCAAGCUCUCACAUGAGGUGGUCAUGGAGGCGGUCGAAUGGCUGAUCAAGUAUCACGAGAGGAGGGGGAUGAGAGGAGUGAAAAUAGGAGUCAGGGGAAAGGUGUGUUCCAUGGCAAAGAGGGCCAUGCUGGACGCAGCAGAGGAGAACGAGAAACCGUUCUUCCAGAAACUUUAUGAUGAUGCCGUACAGAGGGAAAGGGAGGCAGAGGCAGCAGCCAGAGCCACGAGUAUAGCUGCUCAGGUGGCCCUCCUUCAGGUCCCGGAAGCCAAUGCUGACCGGUUCCAGGAAAGGCUAGCUGCUGCCGUUGCAGCCUUGGUUCAGCUGAGGAACUUGGAAGACCUUGAGUCCCGUGUAACAGCACUGGAGCAGCGGAACCAAGAGCUGCAGGCUGAGAUAAUCAACCUCAAACAAUCUCAACUGUCUGCCCCCCGCCCUCUUAACCCUCGAUCUGUUGCAGUCCCAGUAUCUCAAUCUAACACAGUCCUCAUGGCAAGAGCAAGUGGAAUUGUGGCAAGCGCAGGCGCCGGUGCCAGCUCCUUGAGCGACAGCGCCGGCAGUUCUGCACUAGUCAUAGUCCCAAAUGCGGGGACAUCAGCCCAAAACGCCACAGUCCUUACUGGCGUUCAGUACAACGGUCCCGUAGUGGACAAACGGGCGGCCACUCUGCCGUCCAAGUACGACGGGAAAGCGGACAUCACCUCUUGGAUUAGUUCCAUGCGGUCAUACUUCGAGGUCAUGCGGACACCGCAAGAGGACCGAAGUAUGAUCAUGGGGACUAAUACUGAGCCCGCCGUACGGAAUCACAUUGAGCUCCAAGCUGUUGCUGCAGGUUAUGAACGAAUUGACCUGACUGAGUGGCUGAAGCCCACUCUUGAAGCCCGGAACGACGCUGAAUCCAAGGGUGCUGCAAUUCAUGUGCUUUACACUGAGCCUUGGGAGGAGUCUAAGGAAGUUGACUUCCACGCUCACAUGGAACACCGGCUGCAGCUCAAGCAGCAAUGCCGUGUUCAAGGGAGUGUGGAGCUAACCUUCUUUAAACUGCUCAUUAACCGUCGAUACAUCCGCGUGCUGAUUGAUAGUGGUUCAACCACUAGUUUCUUUUCUCCUAACGGAAUUCGUAAGGCGGGCCUGGGAAUGAAGCAAGUGGAACUGCAGAACCCUUGUCAGACCCAGCUGGGCAACCAAGAGGUUGUCAUCUCCACACAUGUUGUCAAAGGUGUGCGCGUCACCUUUGACAGGGACCGCACUGUCACACAUGAGCUCAACUUCUAUGUCAUGGACAAGUGUCCGUUCGACGCGGUCAUUGGCUUGAGCUGGUUAAAGGCUCAUUGCCUAAGGACCACGUGGGCGGACAAUCAGUUCGUGCCAUGGGUGUGGGCUGGAUAUCAAGACCAGUAUGGAUUCACUUUUCAUAACACCUCCAAGGGCUGUAGCGGCUAUGAGACUUCGUUCUUGAGGCUGAGGAUGCCGGUUUGAGGCUGUGCAUGCGCGGCAGGACCUGAUGCGCUUAAGCAAACACACGUUGCUCAGUAAACCGUUAUUGGCUUU